UUCAAUUUCAAAGUUGGUUUGCGAUUACCCAAUCAAAAUAGAAAAAAGACGAAGGAGAACUUACGUCAGGGGGGAACAUCGAAAGAACAAAAUGGAGGAGUAUGCUAGAGAACCAUGCCCCUGGAGAAUUGUGGACGACUGUGGUGGAGCUUUCACCAUGGGAGCCAUUGGAGGAGGAAUAUUUCAGGCAGUGAAAGGUUUCAGAAAUGCACCUUCGGGGAUGAGCCACAGAAUGAGGGGGAGCUUAACUUCCAUCAAGACCCGAGCUCCACAACUAGGAGGUAGCUUUGCAGUGUGGGGAGGCCUCUUCUCCAUGAUUGACUGUGGUUUAGUAAAAGUGCGAGGCAAAGAGGAUCCCUGGAAUUCAAUAACAAGUGGGGCCAUGACGGGUGCGAUCCUCGCUGCCAGAAAUGGACCAGUAGCCAUGGUGGGCUCAGCAGCGAUGGGCGGUAUUCUGCUGGCUUUGAUAGAAGGUGCUGGAAUCUUACUUACAAGGUUUGCUUCUGCACAGUUCCCAACUGGACCCCAGUUUGCCGAGGAACCUUCUUCUGCUCCCAUUCCCACCUCUCCCUUUGGGGACUACAGACAAUAUCAGUGAGAGGGCCGCACUCCCCUCUUUUAUCCACUAGAUUUUUUAAAAUUCCUUGCUGAAGAUAAAAAGAAGAGAUGAAGGUGCAGACUGUCAUCUUAUUUUUCUGUUAAAAACUAUACCCACUGUCAUGACCUCAUGAUCUGUUACGGGGAGCGAAGGACAGAACUCAUCUUCAUUUUUUUUCUUUUAUGAGAUGUACAGAUCUGCCUUUUGCCAUUCUCAGCCUUUUCACAUGCAUCUGUGUUGCUCGGAACAGCUUUGGGGUGAAAGCUGUUUAUUUGUGACAAUGAGAUGCACUUUCUGCUUUGGUGUGACAUACAUAUCCUUACAGACGAGCUGUGAUGGUGUUGAAUCUCAGAAAAACACGUCACACAUGAAACAUAAUGACAUUUCUAAAACGUAAAAGAAGUUUGGCUUGUAUUCAUUUAUGUCAGUUUUUUUUUUUUGCCUUUUAUGUCAUAUGCUUGAGUUGGCCAGCAACUCUGUGCUGGCCUUCCUCUUUUAUUCGGUAAAAUAAGGAAACUUCUUUCAGAAACAGAUCCAUUUCUGAAGUAGUUUGUUUUUGGGUGAAUUAUUUGUUUUAGAUUGUAAAGAGUUAUAUCAAAUUGUUCUGUUUUCUGUGAUAGUACUUUUUCCAUUCAACACAGUGCGAGAAAUACUGCUAAGGGUAAAGAAUGGCACCGGCAGUUCAUUUCAAGAGAGCAACUCAAGCAAGGGAUUGAUGUGUAAUGUAUUAAAUCUGUAUAACAGAUUGUACAAUGGUACAAUAAAGAUAUUAAUUGUUAAA